AUGUCUGAAAUGGGCGACUGUGUGGUGGACAGUGAAGACGAAGUCGAAGUCGAUGAUGAUGAGUGCAUCAUUUGCGACGAAGCUACCAUGAGAAAGUGCGCUAUCUGCAACGACGUCCUGAUAUGCAGCAUGAACUGCCAGCAAAUUGCAGUUAUCGACGACGUUAACUCCUAUCACUUCGACAUGUGCGUUGCCGACACAAGCGCCGACAAUUUCUACAAGGACGUUUUGUGCAACAGGAUUCCGAGAGAUGAGCAAACCAUCAUGGACUUCCAGUUCAUGUGGUUGCGUAACAUUGCCGACCAGAGGAAGCUUCUCGAAAUCUACGCGACAAUUAUUCGCAAGGCGGACGUCACACCCCGUGAGAUGGGCAUCUGGGUGGAGGAGAAGAAGCUAUUUGAGCGCAUUGCUAUGCUUGUUUACACCUCUCCAAAGCUGAUGAGUCUCAAUGAUGUCAGAUGGCUCAAGGGAACUGAUAUAUGGACUCGUGGACUCAGCAAGACCACCCAGGCGGUUUUCCAGGACAUCAUUUUCAAGCAAGAGAGGCUUGAACGCGAAUUGGGGAUGAUGCGACCCUUGUGA